AUGGCCUACGGCUGUAAGGAGCACCAAGCAAUGGCACUCUCCCAACCCUCGACCUGGCACAUCGACAUCGACUACUACCUCGAUCGAAUAGUCCCCACACCACGAUGGCAUCUCAUCCCCAAACCCAUUGCCCAUAUGCUCGGGCACCGGGAGAGCCCACCCAAACCGCUCGGGAACAUCCUCAUCGCAUGCUGGUCAUUAGUAGGAGCAUUCUGCGGGGUUGCGCUAGUGGCCUCAGUAUCGAAAAGAGUACCGUCAUUUGAAGCGCGAGAUGCGCCUGCCAUCAUCGGCAGUUUUGGUGCAGCAGCCGUUAUAGAAUUCUGUGCGAUUGACUCACCAUUUGCGCAGCCACGCAACGCACUCCUCAGCCAGAUGAUUGCGUGUGGGAUUGGCGUUGGAAUCGCGAAACUGUUUGCCCUCAAUCCGGCCGCAGAGGCGUAUACCGAGCUCGGCGGCGCGCUGGCAUGUGCGCUGACAACGGCGGUCAUGUUGUUGACGAAUACCGUGCACCCGCCGGCGGGUGCGACUGCGCUGCUGGCUGUGACGAAUGCGCAGACCGCGGCAUUGGGCUGGUUCCUUUUCCCGAUCAUGUUGCUUGGGGUGGUGCUCAUGCUUGCUGCGGCGGUGGUGAUUAAUAAUGUUCAACGGAGGUAUCCGUUGUAUUGGUGGACUUCGACACCGCUAUCUCUGCAUCGGGGGGAUUUGGAAAAGAGGCAGAAGGAGGAAAUGAGUGUGCCCAGUCACUAUGAGGAUAGUUUGACAGAUGUGCCGAGGCGGUUGGUCCUUGAGCGGGGAGAUAUUCUGGUCCCUGAUGGGGUUUUCCUCUCUGCUGAGGAGAAGGAGGUCUUGGAGAAGAUCAGUGAGAGGAUCUGA